UUGUUGUUAUGGCACAAGUAGAAACAGAAGUGUCAGGCUAAACAAAAUUGAUCUUGUUUUUGUACAUAUAUUGUUUUUUUUUUUUUUUAGCGACUUCAGUCUGGUGUAGACUGUCGCUGAGUGGUAAUAAUAAUGGUGGAAGCUGUGUGGGAGUGACCCUGUCAGUUAUAUCAGUGAAUCAGUGUCUUAUGACUGACUGUCUGUGAGUCUGUGAGCAAUGCCCCGCUGUGAGUGUGAAGAGGAAGGACUUCCCUGGGCAGAGUCUCAGUAGCAGCAGCAGCAGUAGUAGUAGUAGUAGUAGAAGCUCCAAAAGAGGCUCCUUCCUUCCUUCCUUCUUCCGCUCAUGAAGCUUUAGUCGAGGUGGGACACUCGUCUCACUCCUCUCUCUCUCUCUCCAUCAGCCAUGAGCUCCUGGUCCGGACCCCUCACUCUUCUCCUCUCCUCAGCCCUGCUGCUCCUGCUCACCUCCUCUUCUCACUCAGCAGCAGCUCUGAAAGCUCCUCAUCUGCUGGGCAGACACAGAGUAACCCGGAGUCUCCCCCAGCAAAGACCCGUCUACUACACUACCUUAUAUCUGGACCAGCAGAUUGAUCACUUUGGGUUUUUGGAAAAUGGCACAUUCAAGCAAAGGUACCUCCUCAAUGAUCUGCACUGGCACAAGGACAAUAGCCCGAUUCUGUUUUACACCGGAAAUGAAGGAGACAUCACAUGGUUCUGUAACAACACGGGUUUCAUGUGGGACAUAGCAGAAGAACUGGGAGCUAUGCUUGUUUUCGCAGAGCAUCGCUACUAUGGGGAAUCCUUACCAUUUGGAGAUGAGUCUUACAGUAAUGCCAAGUAUUUAAACUACCUGACAUCAGAGCAGGCGUUAGCUGACUUUGCGGUGCUGAUAGAAAACCUCAAGAAAACCUACCGAGGAGCCCAGAACAGCCCUGUUAUUGCCAUCGGAGGUUCUUAUGGUGGAAUGCUAUCGGCUUGGCUAAGAAUGAAAUACCCCAGUGCUGUAGUAGGUGCUCUAGCUGCUUCUGCUCCAAUCUGGCAGUUCACUGAUAUGGUGCCCUGUGGUGAUUUCUAUAAAAUAGUCACUCAAGACUUUGCCAUUAGUGGAUUCAAUUGCAGUAAAAACAUAAGAAGGUCAUGGAUGGCUAUCAAUAAUGUGUCCUCAACAGAUGAAGGUCUGCAGUGGCUGUCUGAGGAGUUUAGACUGUGUUCUCCACUUAAGGAAGAGGAUGUAAGUGGUUUUAAGGGGUGGCUCCAAGAGACCUGGGUGAACUUGGCAAUGGUUGAUUAUCCUUAUGAGGCCAACUUUCUCCAGCCCCUCCCACGCUGGCCUAUUAAGGUGGUGUGCUCAUAUCUUUCAUUUGUUACUGACGUGCCAGACAAGGAGCUACUGCAUGGAAUCUCUCAGGCAGUGAACGUGUACUACAACUACACAGGAAAUGCUGAAUGUCUGAAUAUUUCUCUCACUGCUACUGGAAAUCUGGGCAUCAGGGGUUGGUUCUACCAGUCCUGUACAGAGAUGGUGAUGCCCAUGUGUACAGAUGGCAUUCAGGACAUGUUCGAGCCUCAGCCGUGGAACUUCCAGGCCUUUUCUGAUGAGUGUUAUGACCUGUUUGGAGUGCGGCCACAGGAGCACUGGGCUGGCACUGUUUAUGGUGGGAAGAACAUUGGCUCACACAGCAACAUUAUCUUCAGUAAUGGAAGAUUGGACCCCUGGAUGAGCGGUGGUGUCACCAGGACUGUCUCAGACUCUCUGGUGGCCAUUGUGAUUCCUGAUGGAGCUCACCACCUUGACCUGCGCUACAAUAAUGAAUAUGACCCAGAAACUGUUAUCCGUGCACGGGCCGUAGAGGUGCAGUACUUCAAAAAGUGGAUUAAACAAUCAACAAAUACACGAUAACAACUGUGGACAGUAGUUCUAAAUGGACCAGAGCUGUUGGAGUUAAGCACGUCCUGAGCACAAAUCAAUCAUCUCAGUUCACUGCUGUGUUCCAAAGGUUUCUCUUUUAAUUCGGACCAAAGAAGGUAUUUUUUAUAUUUGAAUAGACUUUUUAAAAAAUGUGUUCAUCUUUCAGAUCUUCCUGCCAAAGUAGCACACCUGGGAUGUAGAUAUCUUCAUUGAUACACAAAAACCUUCUAUCUCCAAUUUUGCCAUGUUUUAUUUGUUGACAUAAUAUGAAUCUGUCAGUUGUUCUUUGCAUUUUAUUAUACUUUAAUGAUGAAUAAACCAAUAGCAAUAUUCCAAAAUCACUGAUAAUAAAGUAUUCAUGUCUUUCUCCUGUAAAGUUUGGAUAUACAAGGUUUUGGUUAAAACAUAUGUUUAUGUCUCCUCUACAAUAUUUUUGAAAUUUGUAUUUAUUUGCAUUGUUUUCUAAUUUAUGAUGCAUCGGCCAAUAGAAAUGCUUCAGAAUUACUUGGUUGAGCUUGAUUUCCAUUGAAGCUCCGAAGGUUUUUCUUCUCCUAUAAAGCUGGAAUUUUGGAGAUACAAUGUUUUGUGUGAUCGAGAAGAUAUACCUUUAUUUUGUGUGUAUUAAAUUUUCACUUCCUGUUUGUUUUGUAAGUUAGCUAAAUACAAUCUUAUUCAUCGUCUCAGUUUCAGGAAACUGUUAUGGUGAAAAGUAUGCAACUGGGGAUUAACAAUGGGAUCAAACUUGCACUAAUUUUUAAAUAAGUCUGUUUACCUGUGUAGAAAUUAAUCUUUUCCCAUUCUCUUGACCCUGGGCUAUUUUAGCUCAGUAUUUUUUCAAAUGUUUGAUUGCCAAUCCUUAGCAAUAAAUAAAUAAAUUGAUUGUUUUAAAAAA